AUGCCUUCAAAGCGUGAACGACCCUUAUUUGAGGGUGUAGAAGAUCCUGCCUUAGCUCGCCGACGUGCGCUCGGUGCUGCUCGCGUUCAACGACUUCGAGAUCGCCGAAGAGCCGCACGCGACGCCCAGACACGACCUACUCAGGCGCAGCUUCAACAGGGCGAGCAAAUCAUAUCACUCGCGAUGACGGACGAAGAAGAAGCGGCCGUGACAUUAUCACAAAUGGGUCUCAGAGUCUCCGGACUGACGCUCGCUCAAGAUGCACAAGAUGCGCAGCUUCAGCAGGGAGCCACCGAGGUGGACGAGCACCAAAUGCUGUAUGGCCCUUAUAUAUACACCGCAGCUAGGAACCACCAUCCCUCUCCAAGUCACCCUACAACCAUUGCACCUACAAGCCAACCCUCUCCGCCGUCAACGUCAUGUCCGUCGAGUCAAUCGCAACUCUCGCAGUUCUUUUCGUCGCGUCCUUCCGAUAAUCCAUUCUCGACCCGCGCCCAACAUACCACUGCUCCUCCCCCAGUUCGGCCAUCUCCGGUGCGACCCUCCUUCAGCCCGCUCUCGUCAGCUCGAGCAUCCCCCUUUCGUCCCUCCUAUAGCCCUCUUUCAUCUUCAAUUCUUGAGAAUAUGGGUGCCCAGCACCGAGGAAGUGAAGAUUUACUUUUUAGAGAUAAUGAUAUCAACGAUACAGAUCACGAUGAUAAUGGUUUCGACGAUCAGAAUUUUGGCCGGCCCGAUGACGCCAAUGAAAAUGAUUUUGAUAAGCAGAGCGUUACCCAGCAGGAGAAUAAUAAUGGAAGGAGAGGCGAUAGCGCAAAUAAGAGCGACGAGGAAGACCCUGUCUCCAAUUUUGCAUUUGAGCGUUCUGCACUCUCUAGUGACGAUGAAGAUAAUGAACCGCCUCUUUCAGAUCUCCAGCACACAGUCGAUAAGCUUUUUGCUUUCUUCCAGGGCGAUAUUGGCGGUUGCACUGAAGAUCAGCACCAUGAGCGCCAUCAACAGCAUAUGGCUAAUGUAGCCGACGAUGCCCACCACGCCUUGAAUAAUAUCUUUCGUGACGCCGACUCUGUUUCCGUGCUUGCAUCUGCUGACAUGCUGACUCCCGACCAACUCCGUCGCUACGUGCUUCCCAGUCCUGAGCAAUUACAGUCUACAUUUUGUGGUAUUUCUCCCCAGCAUCCCCGUCCCCAGUAUGUUUGUCUGCACCACGAAGAGACUCGAGAACAACCUGUCCAACAAGCGUUCGACGUGGACAGCUAUCUUGGGUUUAGGCACUCCCUGGCGGCCUGUCGAGAAGGCCUCUGGCACCAACCGGUCCCCCAAGCGCGACAGAACAUAACCAAUGACGUCCACCUCGAAACUCGCGUAUUUGUCGCGGGUGAUGAUACUGAGCAGGCCCCCCGGGCCACUCUGGCCAUGCUGCGAGAUGUUCCUCAUUUCCUCCUCGGCCGUGUGGCGAAUGCGCAUGACAUUACUAUCCACAUCCUGUUUCCCCAUCUUCCGCAACCACAAGACAAGUUUAUCUCACUGACCCAAGACCAACUCUCGCGAUGGCUCAACCAAGUCUUUUACCCGGCGGUGUACCGUCAGUGUGCCGCUCACGUCACCCAGCACCUCCCCGCCAGCUUUCUCCAGGCCUUUUCCAAUUCGAAAGCUCGACAGGUGGAAGGGCGCAAGAUCGAGACGGCCAGCUACCAGGCCCAGCAAUCCCUCGGCUACCAUCUUCAAGCGGAAUAUCUGGAACCGAUUUGGGCCGACAUCCUUCGUACAAUCGACACCACACCCGGCCUGGCGAACUUUCGAGAGCCCCAGCUUCUCUUCUCGGCCAAAGGAAGCAAGCUCCAAUUUAAGACCAACCCUUCUCGGCCGACGCUCCUGGAUGCGAUGGUGCACUUCGAUUCGUACCUGGACAAUGUCUUUGACGGAGACUUUGUCGAUUGGCGACGGACAUUCAUCGACCUAGCCACUGAAGUUUGUCCCGCCGCCAGUCGUCUCGCGUCCGACAGACUCCACGUCGACGAAGAGGCCCAGGUGCUAUCGUGGAAGCGCUGUUGUCUCGAACGUAUCAUUCAGCAACUGUAUGGCGACCAGACCCCCGCGAAAAAUGGUCGAGGACAGCGAUACUUUGACCAGAAUAUGUUGCACGAAGUCGCCACGAUGACCAGUGUGCCGCCGAAGCACACUCGACUCUAUGGUGGUGGUAUCCGAUACCUCCAGCUCUAUGGAUCCGUGAAGGAAGUCUGGGACGCGGCCAAGUGUAAGCCGUUUGACAACGACGGACUGGAGGAGAUGGCCUUGGAUUCCCAAAUCCGACAGGCGGCCCACCACUUGGCCGGAGGCCAUCGUCGCGACAUCCGAGUCCUCGAGCGGGCGUACUGCGCCAGUAAACGCCGGUCACACCGGGCCCUUCGCGACUCCCGCCACAAGUCCUUUGGUAUUCGCGCCGAGUUCCGAAUUUCCUGGGACUUGUUUUGUGCCCUCAUGGAACGACUCCGCAUGACGCCGCGCGACGAGUUGGAAGUCACCUUAGCCGACCGUCCGUCGUACACUUGGGCAGUCCCGACCGAGGCUUACCUCGGCUUUCUCUGGCGUAGUGCUAACAAGUUUGCCAGCCUCUUCGAGAUUAUUCGCGCCCGGUGUCGACAAGAUCUGGUUACCUGGGAGCAAACGAAGAUGAUGGCCAUGGCGCUACGUUGCCUGCGGUUUGUGCUCGGUGGACAUCAGCUGUCUCGGGAAUCCGCUCUGUGGUGGAGCCGACGUGAGCGUGAGGUCGGGAAUCCUCCUCGGCCACGAAUCUGGUACGGCUUGGGAUUCUGCAACACGCUCGCCCGUUACGGAUACUGCUGGCUCGAACCACGUAUCGACUAG